AUGGCAACAUCUAGUCGAACAACGACGACAACAACCUCAACUGAACCUAGACAUACUUCACGAGAAAAUCCUCCGACGCUCGUUUUAGAACUGACGAGCCCAUCUGACAAUGGUCCGCGCGUGCGUUGGUCAGAAGAAACGGUCGAUAAUGAAUAUAUGAACAAAAAGAAAUCGAAAUGUUGCUGUAUCUAUACAAAACCACAUGAUCCUCAGUCGAAUGCUAACGAAACCGAAGAAGACAAAGAAUUCGAUAACUGUCAACAUUGUCGAAAUCAUACUGAAUCUGAUUAUGCUGCCAAAGCCGAAGACCGUCAGCCAAAAGUCAAAGUAGUCAUUAGAAAACCAGAUAGUUCCUAA